UGGCAGCAGAGGCCCAUAGAUCCCCACGGAUCGCCCUUCUGGGUGCCCUGUCCCUUUUCCCGCACCCGGGCGGCUAUCCAGCCGGGAAAGAGCUUCCGAGAUGGCGCGGGGAGUGGUCCCCAAGGCGGGCAGCGCGAGGCCUCCACAACCUGGAGGAGUAGGAAGGAGCCAGUCUCCCCAUCCCGAUCACUCGGUCCAGGGGGAGCAAUAGCCAUCGCAGCGAACAUUGCAUCCGACGGCCGAGCUUCAGUGGACGGCUCUACAAGUAGUCACUGAGCUGUUUACAGAGUUUUCACCAGCUCCCCAGGGAGGUGUCAUUAGCCCCAUUUUCUAGGAGGGAAUUCGGGCCCAGAGGGGCUGGAGGACUUAUCGGCCGAAGCAGGCCCCCAGGAUCCAAAUGGGAACCCCAAAGCAGCCCUCGCUGGCUCCUGCACACGCCUCAGGCGUGAGGAAGUCCGAUCCCGGAAUCCGGAGCCUAGGGAGCGACGCGGGAGGAAGGCGGUGGAGACCAACAGCCCAGAGUAUGUUCCAGAUCCCAGAGUUUGAGCCGAGUGAGCAGGAAGACUCCAGCACUACAGAUAGGGACCUGGGCCCUAGCCUCACUGAGGACCAGCCAGGUCCCUACCUGGCCCCAGGUCUCCUGGGGAGCGUCGGUCAUCAGCAGGGACGGGCGGCCAACAGCAGUCAUCAUGGAGGCGCUGGAGCUGCGGAGACCCGGAGUCGCCACAGUUCAUAUCCCGCGGGGACCGAGGAGGAUGAAGGGAUGGAGGAGGAGCUCAGCCCCUUUCGGGGCCGCUCGCGUUCGGCUCCCCCCAAUCUCUGGGCUGCGCAGCGCUACGGCCGCGAGCUCCGAAGGAUGAGCGAUGAGUUUGAGGGUUCUUUCAAGGGACUUCCUCGCCCAAAGAGCGCAGGCACUGCAACGCAGAUGCGACAAAGCGCCAGCUGGACGCGCAUUAUCCAAUCCUGGUGGGAUCGAAAUUUGGGCAAAGGAGGCUCCGCCCCCUCCCAGUGAUCUGCUCUACAUUCCCGGAACUCGACCCUUUCCCGCCAUAUUGUAUGUGGGCGGAAGUCUUCCAAGGCCUUAGGGGAAAAGGGGUGGGGAUUGCUGUGUCCCUAAAACUGGGAGGAGAGCUGAGUCCCUUCCGGUGCGUGCAAUAGUUAUCGAGGGGUGGUUCUCGUUGGGAGUUUCAACUUUUCCCACCCGCCCCCAGCCUCCGGAAGUGGCUGUUUUUCCCUCUCCGGUACCCGGCUGCCCUCAGGCGCCAGUGCUAAGUUUCGAGCCCGGGUAAACGGUGAAUGGGCUACUACCCAAUUGACCGAGCUGGGGACCCGUGGUCGCGCAAAAGUGCUUUAUAAUAAAGCCCGCGCCUGUGC